AUGCCUCCUUCUCCUUCGUCCCCUCAGACAUACAGCUAUACCCCAGCCCAAACUCAAACUCAAGCGCAAACAUCUCCCACGAAACAUGCUUACGGACAUAGCCAUGGGAUCUUCCAUACCCACUCCCACCAUCAUUCCCACGGACAUCACAUACCCCUCGUCCAUCGACAUUCCCAUCCUUCUUCCCCUUCGCCUUCCCACUCUCCUGCACGGUCGCCUCCCCUGACAUCGCCCAAGAAGAAUCCCGGAUUAACACUCAAUACAGAAGUGAUCAAGGGUAGUGGAGCAGAGACCAAGUUGUCGAGGAGUAAAAGUAAAGGGAAAGCAAAAGUGCAAGAGGGAGAAAAGAAUGUCAAAGAUAAGGAUAGAUUGGUCAGAGAGGUGGGAAGUGCUACAAUCAGUCUACGUGCGGGUGUGGUCGAAGGUUUAGAUGAUGAUGAUGAGGAGGAGGAUCAGGAUCAGAAUGGACAUCAUCGGGAUGAUAGGAAUAAGGGGUCAAGUAGUCGUAUGGUCAAACCGAAUCGACAGCCAUCUUCUGGCUCUGGGUCCGGUCUUAUACCUUCACAACAACUACCUGGUCCAUCUUCCACCGACAAUGCGUACACAAUCAACAUCCCAUCCGAUGCCAGACGAGUUCGCAAAACGCGUAGUAAUUCUCUUCAUUACCCUUCUACCCAACCCUCCUCAGUGAUCGACCGAUCAUUCUAUCUACCCCAUUAUUCGACAGACCAGCAGUACUCUCUCAAACCUCGAUCUACCACCAGCACCAGCACUAAAAACCAUGGGUCAUCUAUCCUGCCUCUUGAGCUGGGCCUAGGGGGCGAUUUCGACCUGUCAUUCGGCGAAGCUGUCAGAAGAGGUGAACAGUCUUCCGAAAUGCCCCUACCGAAAGAAGCCCUCAGAGUACUGUGCGAAGCAAAGGAGAAUCUGGGUCUGGGCAAUGGGGUGAAACAAGGUAGGAAAGGUAGUAUGGGUAUGGGACUUUUCAAGGAAUCGAGAGAGUCUGUACCUACCACAAAGAAAUUGAGGGACAAGGAUAGGCAGAAAGAGAGAGAAUCGGCGGUGGAAGAACAUGAAAGUGAAGAUGUCAUGGAUGAGAUAGACCAACAACAUCAACAACAGCAGAGAAAAGAAUCAAGAUCAAAAUCCCGUCCUAGACCUAAACCCACUACCACACAGUCCACUACCAGCUCGCGAAAUAACUCCACAAACGUUUUACCUUCAUCAUCACGGAAUGGAAGUUCAUACAGUUUACGAAGACAACAAUCGAACGAAAAUGCCAUCAUCAUCGGACAAAGUCCAGAUCAACCUAGUGGUGGGAUGGUCAGUCCAAGUACACCUGUUCCCAUUCGAGCUAUAUCAAGACGAAGACAGGAAUUAAUGGAUGAAGAUGUUGAUUAUGGUUCUGGAUCUACAAGUGGAAGUGGGGACCAAGAUGAAGAGAUCCCCGUUGGAAUUGCCAUUUCCUCGCCUCUAUUGAGACACCAUUCACCUGCUUCUGCCUCGGCUUCAGCAGAUGUGAUUUCUUCACCUGCACAUAUAUCGGAUAUCGAUCAGGAAGAGGAUUCAGGAUGGACCACGACUACUACUGAAUCUUUGUCUGAUGACGAUGACGAUGAGGAAGACGAUGGAGACAGGAUGUGGAAUUCGGACGAUGAGAAUGGAGGAGACGAUACGGAUGCAACGGAUGAUGGUUUGACGGUACCACUUCAACCGUUCAAUCAUGCCGUGGGAGGACAUAGUAGUAUUUACAAGUUUACUAGAAGGGCUGUGUGCAAGCCCCUCGUCAGUCGAGAGAACCUGUUCUACGAAGAGGUCGAAAAACUAGCACCUGCCCUCUUAGCGUUUAUCCCUCGCUAUCUUGGUGUCAUGUUGGUCAACUAUCGUCGACAACUGCGUGCCCCUACAGAAGGAUCCAUGACUCCCAUCGACUCGCCAGCGCAAUCACACCCUUCCACACCCGGUCUACCUGGUAGUAGACCGAUGCUGCAUCCUACAUCCACCAGUCUCUCUGCUCAGUCCACUCGAAGUAUGCCAACCACUGGUGUCGAAAUACCAGAAGUAUCGUUGGAUUUCAAUCGGCAUGUGGUCCCCGAUUGGCUUUUCAAGAAAGACGAUCGAGGUCGAAGUAAGAAUAGUAGGAUGUACGGUACAUCUGAUGAAGAGGGAAGUAAGAGAACUCUGAGACCUUCCUCAGCUCGGUCACAGGAAUUCGUCAGAUACACUUCCAAUUCUCCUUCAAGCUCCUGGCAGAGUUCGAUGCUUGGUGGAUCACCUCAUCUCAAAGCCAACCCAUUGACUACACCCGCCGUACCGAGACCUAUUCAAGAGACGAUCGAGGAGCCUUCCACACCUGCACCCUCCCCCUCUACUUCCUUAUUCAAACAACAUCUGCACCAUACUAUAUCUACACCGACUUUACCUUCGAGAAUCGGUCAAUUACCUUCUUACAACCCCAGUUUAAGUGAAAUUGGCGGAUCCGGGAGUGGGUAUAAUUCACCUCAUCCUUUUGGUGGGACUGGAUCAACCAGUGUGAACACGAAAUUGAAAGAUCACGUGUUCGCUACAAUCCUCAAGAAAUUGCGCAAGAGAGGUAUGGGUUUGCAUUAUAGUAGACACGAUGAUGAGGCUGAUGUAGAGGCGGAUGAUGAAUUUGGGGAAUCGACUGGGGCAUGUGUGAGAUCACGAUCGAGAAAUAGAAUGAGAAGGAGAUCUGAGAGAAGAUUGUUGGAGGGAAGUGGAAGUAUGGAUCUCAGGUCUUUGUCAUCUGCUCAUGAGGAUGAAAGUGGGAUCAGAAGAACGAAGAGUGAUGUGGUAUUGACCGAUAGAGGUAAAAGGGAUCAAAGUGUAGAAAGAGGAAUGUUCCAUAUGGAAGAUAUAGGUGAAGAUGAUGAUCAACAUGAGAACAGAUUGGAGAUGAUCAAGAAAAAUCGAAAUAAAUUACCUUUAGGAAAUGGAUUACACCCUAUGACCAUGGCCAAGACUUCGACUUCGACUAUCACUCCAAUCGUAGAUUCACCUCUUCAUACCGCAACGACCCAAUCUCAUAUCUCUGUACCACCUUCACCAUCUGUCAAUCCGGAUGAGAUCGCCCGUCAGGAAUUAUUUAUAUUCAUGGAGGAUCUUACGGGUCGAUUGAAACAUCCUUGCGUGCUAGAUCUGAAAAUGGGUACGAGGCAGUACGGAUACGAUGCGACGCCUUUGAAGAAACGCAGUCAGAGAAAGAAAUGCGAUGCUACGACUAGCAGGACAUUGGGUGUGAGGAUGUGUGGGAUGCAGGUAUGGAAUAACGAAACCCAAUCGUUUGUGUCUCGGAACAAAUACCGCGGCAGGGAAAUCAAGACAUCCGAUUUCCCCAAUGUCCUUCACAGUUUCUUAUCUGAUGGUGAAACGCUCCUGGUCGAUCAUAUACCGAUCAUCGUCCAGAAAUUGCAUAACCUAGCGGCGAUCAUGUUACGACUUGAUGGGUUCAGAUUCUACGGAUGCAGUUUGCUGUUGAUUUAUGAUGGGGAUAAAGAGAUUCAAGAUCAUUAUCGAUCUGUCAUCAGGAAUGGACAUGGAAAUGAAAAUGAGAAUGUCAAUGAUAUUGAACAUUUACAAAAAGUACAACAAGAAGAAGAAGAUCACGAUGAAUGGGCUGAACAUCGACAUCGACCGCUCAAACGAAUCGAUCAAAGUGACUCUCACACCCAUCAAGAUGAAAGAAGAAGUAGAAGUGUUGAUUUACAUUCACACCAUUCUCAUUCACAUUCAAGAAGGCGUAAAUCCCAUUCUCACUCCCACACCCACUCGCAUUCACAUGGAAGAUCAAGUACUACCGGGAGCGGUGAACACGGACAUCCUCACACUCAUACUCAUCGUAAGAUAAGGGGAGAAGUGAAUAUCAGAGUGGUAGAUUUCGCCCAUACCACCACAGGGCGUGAUUUCUUAUUAUUCUCCAAAGAACAUAAAGAUCCGGAUGAUAAGACAUUGGGUAAAGGUUAUGAUACGAAAUUUGAUGAAAUCACUGGAUUACCCUACGCUAGAUUCCCACCGAAAUUCCCUAACAGACCCGAUAUGGGUUUCAUAUUUGGUUUGAAGAAUGUUUGUGAAUCGUUGAAGAACAUCUAUAAAACUUAUCAACAUGAAUGUGAGAGUGUAAUUGAUGAUCUGGUGAUUGGGGAGAAUGAAGAUGUGUUUGAGAGGGCCUUUGGGAAUAAUGAAGAGGAUGAGUUGAGUACGUAA